CUGACAGACGGUGAGAGCCUCUGCCACAGAGCUGUCGGUGCAAGAGAGUAGCCUGUCGUCGGUAGCCUGUACGGACCGAAAAAUACAAGUCGAGCACUCCUGGACUUCGGACCACUUCACCCCCUGUUUCCCCGUCGAGCAUCUUGUUUUGACCAAAACGAAAAUAUUUCCUCUUGCCUCUUGCAUCCUGACUUUUUUGUGUGGUUUUUUUUGUCCUGACUGGGGAGCUGGGGGACAUUUGCUGUCAGCUAACUUCCACAAUAGGUCGCUGCGUCGCUGGACUGCUGCAUGUGUUUUUUUAUUUUUUAUUUUUUAUAAUUUUAGCUUAACCGUUUGACUCCAGCCCUUCCAGCCGUGCCCAAUGCUGAGGAAUGGAUAGUGUGUCUGCUAAAGGUGGGAAGAUGGUCGAGAGUGAUGAGCAGCCGGAGAGGGACAGUGGCGGCGGUGGCGCAGCGAUGGCCGCACUACAUCAAUGCGAACUCAUCCAGAAUAUGAUUGAGAUCUCCAUCCCCAGUUUACAGGGGCUGCGGACCAAAUGCGCCGCGUCCAACGACCUCACGCAGCAAGAAAUACGCACUUUGGAGGUGAAGCUGAUGAAAUACAUCUGUAAACAGCUGCAGUGCAAGCAGAAAGUGCCAGAGACGGAGAGGCCCGAGGCCCUGGACAGCUACCCGCGCCUACGAGACUGGCUCCGCACCAUCAACCUGCGACCGGAGCUCAUCGAGGCGGUGGAAGCAAAGUUGACUCUGGAUGCCUUACUGCAGAUGUCAGGCGCUCAGGUGAGGGAUACCAUGCGAAGACUAGGGUCCAGUUCAGAAGAAUGUGCUCGGCUCAGUGCUGCCCUCUCCUGUCUGAAGAGUGCUGCUGAAUCAGGAGGGGAACUGAGGGAAGACAGCAGUCCGUGGCUGUCCGAGCCCACAAGGAGGGACAGUGGCUCUCUGCUGACUUCAGACCAGCUGACCGGCUUCGGGACUCCACUCCGCCCUCACAGCCCGUCGCCUCUCGCCCGCCCAUCCGCCAUCCACUCCACCCCAUCCACCCCCUGCGCCAUCUUCCCUCAUCCCCGCUCGGGCUCGGUGUCGGCGGCGCCCACGCCCGAGGCGCUGGCGUCGUACGGCCACAGCGAAAGCCCCCUCACGGACCCGUUCCCGAUGUUCUUCUCCCGCGCAGCCCGGCUCCACGGGCACACGUCCACCCCGCCUGCAACUCCACCCUCCAAGAGGCGCCACCAGCUGAAGCCCCCCUGCACCCCUCCGCCUCCGUCCCGCAAAGUGCUGCACCUCCUUCCCAACAUCACCCUGACGCGCAGCAAGAGCCACGAGUCCCAGCUGGGCAACCGCAUCGAGGACCCGCCCUCCAACAAGUGUGUUAAGAAGAAUAAGUUGUUACUGAAUAUGCAAGUUAACGGGAACGGAUGCGAGGACUCGCCUUCCCGUUACCCCGUCAUGUCUGCGCGCACCCCCGGAAUCACCCCGGCUGCCACCACGGCGUCUUAUACCCUGCCCGGCACGCCCACCCUCCUGGAGGAGCACAGCAGCAUUAAGAAUAACGUAGCAGCGCAUCGCGGCUCCCCGCAAGCAGUGAGGAGGGACAUCGGCCUAGCAGUCACACACAGGUUUUCCACCAAGUCCUGGCUGUCCCAGACAUGUCAGGUGUGCCAGAAGAACAUGAUGUUUGGGGUUAAGUGCAAACACUGUCGGUUAAAGUGCCACAACAAAUGCACAAAGGAAGCCCCGUCCUGCAGGAUCUCCUUUCUGCCAAUCGCCAAAAUUCGGAGGACCGAGUCCGUUCCGUCUGAUAUAAACAACCCCGUGGACCGGCCGUCAGAAUCACCGCAGUUCGGCACACUACCAAAGGCCAUUACGAAAAAGGACCAUCCUCCAGUGCUGAACCAGCUGGACUCCAGCAGCAAUCCGUCCUCCACCACCUCGUCCACACCUUCCUCCCCCGCGCCCUUCCAGCAGAGCAACCCCCCCAGCGCCACCCCGCCACCCAACCCCUCGCCCAAAGGCCAUCGGGACAGCCGCUUCAAUUUCCCCGCUGCCUGUUACUUUCAGCAUAGACAGCAGUUUAUCUUCCCCGAUGUCUCCAGCCCUGCUCAUUUGCACCCUGAUGUCCUCCAAGUCACUGUCAGUGAGAGAGAGCAAUCGGCGGAUGACAUACACGCCCAGCUGGUAGAAGAUGAAGAUGAAGAGGAAGAGGAAAUAGAGGACGAAGACGAAGACCCCGAAGUGGAGAACGAUAACGAGGACGAUGAGGAGGAGGACGAUGAAGGGGAGGAUGAGGACGAGGAGGAGGACAUGAGGAUGAACGUGGGCUCCGACGGCGAGUGCGAUGAGCUGGAUGAUCUGCCCGGCUCCCGGGGGAACCAGUGGAAGGGUCCCAUCUCCCGCAAGGCGAGCCAGACCAGCGUCUACCUGCAGGAGUGGGACAUCCCUUUCGAGCAGCUGGACCUCGGGGAGCUCAUAGGAAAGGGCCGCUGGGGCAGAGUGCACAAGGGGCGGUGGCACGGCGAGGUAGCCAUCCGACUCCUCGAGAUCGACGGGAACAACCAGGACCAUCUGAAGCUCUUCAAGAAGGAGGUGAUGAACUACAGACAGACCAGGCACGAGAACGUGGUCCUCUUCAUGGGGGCCUGCAUGGCUCCGCCCCACCUCGCCAUCAUCACCAGUUUCUGUAAAGGCAGGACGCUGUAUUCCGUUGUGAGAGACACUAAAAACAUGUUGGAUAUUAAUAAGACGAGACAAAUUGCGCAGGAGAUUGUAAAGGGAAUGGGCUAUCUGCACGCUAAAGGCAUUGUUCACAAAGACUUGAAGUCGAAGAACGUUUUUCACGAUACCAACAAAGUCAUAAUCACAGACUUCGGGCUGUUUGGGAUCUCUGGAGUUGUUCAGGAGGGGAGGCGUGAGAACAAACUAAAACUUCCACAUGGCUGGAUUUGUUAUCUCGCACCAGAGAUCGUGCGCAGGAUGAGCCCAGGUAACAACGAGGACCGCCUCCCUUUCUCCACCGCGGCAGACGUGUACGCCUUCGGCACCAUUUGGUAUGAGCUUCAAGCUCGGGACUGGCCGAUCACCAACCAGCAUGUGGAGGCUACCAUCUGGCAGGUGGGGAGCGGAGAGGGCAUAAAGAAGGUCUUGGCGGAGAUCAGUCUGGGCAAGGAGGUCACUGAGAUCCUCUCCGCCUGCUGGGCGUACGACCUGAGGGAGAGGCCGACCUUCACCCAGCUGGCCGACAUGCUGGAGAAGCUGCCCAAACUCAACCGCAGGCUCUCCCACCCCGGACACUUCUGGAAGUCUGCAGAGUUGUAGCAGCCGCUCUGAAAUCUAAGCAAUGCAAAACAAAAGCCUGGGACUGCCUUGCAUGCUCUUGUAUCCUUAACUCUUAUGGGAUUGAUCAAAGCGUCGCCUCUGCCUGAAACAGACACCGCUUCCACUAAUCCCACAGUCUGAUCUUCUGUGUCUAACCGUCGCGUUUGUGUUGUCGGGAAGAGAGGAUCGGUGGAGCGAGGUGUGACGGCGGGGAUGGGGAGGGGAGGGAGGGGCACAGCUGUCGUCCUUCAUGCUUUUCCCUCCCUUUCGUCUGACGUCUCUUUGCCUUCCUUUAUGGUUUUCGGUUCCACAACGUUGUUUCCGGGACUCCGAGGCUUUGCAAAUACCCGGCUCGUGGUGUCUGUGCUGAGGCCGACUGGUGUGCUGUGGUCCGCUCACCUUCUCUGUGCUGCUGUGACGUGGCUGUUUCUCCCCGGGGGGGGUGCAUGACCACGGGGCUCUUUUUCUCUCCGAAACACACGCGCACAAAAAAAAUUAAUGAAAAAUACAAAAAACACACACUGCUGGACAUAAAAUGGACCCCACCACCAAACGGACCGCUUCAUUUAUCUGUGUUAAAGGGGGGGGGGGGGGGGGGGGGGGCAGGGGGCUGAGUGCCUCUCUGCUUCUCUCUGUUUUUAACGGUUGUGUGAUGUGCUGAGAUGGUCACCAGCCCAUGUCUAGACACCUUAUGCACUUUGUCAAUGGGAGGAUAAAAAAAUAAUCAUGAACUCUUUUUGUUGUUGUUUAGUUUGCUUUUGAAUAGUCACAUAUUUGCAGUGUUUUCUUUCUUCUUUUUUUUUUUUAUUUGUUUGUCUUCAGGAGGGUCUCAGAGGCUCGGACGGUGUGAUAUGUUCGCUUGUUUGUUGUCUAUUUGGAGUGUAACCUGCUGAAUCCACUGUUUAUUGGAUGCAUUUGAGUGACGGGGCCCUGAUGGAGACUUGUGUUGGCUAAACGACGGCUGAACUGAAAAGACACAGGUCAAAAUAUUCCCUUCAUCAUUCACAAUCCACAUGGGAAUAGAAUAAAGCUGGCUAAAUGUCCAUCCUUCUGAUGUGUAAAGUGCACCUUAUAGGAAUAUGAGUUAUUGAGAAAGAUACUUCUGUCAAGAAGUUGAGUGAUUUUUCAUUCUCUGUGCAAAAAAAGAAAAAGUAUAAAUCAGGAACCUGGUGCAAAAAGUGUCCUAUAUCUUCCUAAAACAUUAACUCUUGUGCGCGCUUGUGUAUACUGUUUGUGAUUGCUGGCUUCAGUUGGUGUGUGUGUGUGUGUGUGUGUGUGUGUGUGUGUGUGUGUGUGUGUGUGUGUGUGCGUGUGCGCGUGUGUGCGUGCGUCCUGUGCUGGAAUACGUAGGGUUGGUUUUUUUUUUCGUGAGAGACUGCGGUAAAUGUUGUGUUGCAAAUCCAAUGGUAUGUAAUGUACAUACAUUAUUUUAUGUAUAGCAAAUGAACAUGGUUCUUCUAAUAUUUGUACAAACUGUUUUCUAUGAAAAAUACAUCACAUUGUUUUGAAUAGGUACUGCUAUGUCUAUUUACAGAUGUGUAUAUAUAUUUAUAUUUUUUUCAGGUAUAAGAUACUGUAUAAACGCUGUACAAUGUUUUUUUUAGAAUGGGCCAAUACAUGUUUUUUUAUGUUGUUGUAAAAAUUCAUAUUUUUGUAUUGCAUGUGACUACCAUUCUGUACACGCUGUUUCUGUUUUCAUCCAUGAAAGACAAUAAAAUGAGGCUUGUCAUGUAA